AUGAGUACGACGGCGGCCGCGGCAUCCACCAGCAGAAGCUCAGACGCUCCGACUCGUACAGGCGCCGUCAGACCUCCGCUCGGAGUCACCCCAGACUUCGACGACCCCCCUGAUGCUGGACAUGAUGUCGCUUUCUUUGUGACCAUCAUUAGUACCGUCCUGAUCUUCGGCCUCUUCCUGGUGCGAGGCUAUGUCAGGACGGUCAUUCUCCGACAAGUCACCACAGAAGACGAGCAGUAUGGAGUCCUCAUGAAGUGGCUCUAUAUCACUAGUGUGUUCUACUGCCCAGCUGCCUAUUUCAUCAAGGUAACCCUUCUGCUUCUGACAGCUAGGGUUUUCGCCGUCUACGAGCGAGUGGCGAAGGCAAUCAAGUGGUUCAUCGUGCUACUUGCGAUUGCGUAUAUCCCAAUCCAGUUCAUAAAAAUGUUCGUGUGUAUUCCUGUCGAGUCAUUCUGGAAUCCCAGCAUCAAGCCGACGAGGUGUCUCAGCCAGGCGAAAGCAUUCAUUUUCGACCUCUCUUUAGCGAUACUGACCGACUCCAUCAUCCUCAUCAUCCCCAUCAUAUUGACAUGGCGCCUCACCAUGCCCCUGGCUGAGAGGCUCAAGAUCGCGGCGAUACUUGGAGCGGGAGGCGUGGCGCUGGGGGUUACUACGUUUAGGAUGUACCUUCUGUCCACAUACCUGGUGACAGAGGAUGUGACAUCGAAGUUUGUCUACUUGGACAUCACAGUGAUCACGGAACUCACUAUAGGAUUCAUAUGCGCCUCUAAGCAGCAAACACUGGUGGGACAAUUGGGUAACAAGCGAGAGGUGGACUACGCUUCCACGGUCGAAUGGAUUACGCAGUGGGCAGACAAGCAAUACUAUCUACCGGGAUGGCACGCGGGGAAGAAGGUCGCCGAUUACGGUGCCAAAAUCAAUGUGUAA